AUGGCUAUCAAGAUUAGCAUCAUCGAAACGGGGAAGAUCCGGGUUCGGCCCAGCCAAAUGUCCCAACCGCCUGGAAAUGUGUUGCUCCGGCGUUUAAAGUUCCUCACAGAUCGAGACUUCACCGAGCCCAUACCGAUCUUUGCCUUCGUGAUCAGCCACCCAGAGGGCAACUUUCUCUUCGACCUGGGAGAGACACCGCAGUGCAUACAGCCCGGGUAUUAUCCUUGGUGGCAGAUCGGACACCGAUGCGUGUCCAUGGAUAUAAGACCUGACCAAGGUCUCGGCAGUCAACUCCGGGCGCAGGGCAUCGAUCCCGAUUGCGACAUCAAGGCGGCCAUCAUCUCUCACUUGCACAGCGAUCACGCCGGCGGGCUUCCGGACGUGUACGAGAAGACGGACAUUUUUGUAAGCCAGAGCCACUGGGACGCGUUUCAAAAGCCCUUUUACGCCACCAUGGAGGGUGCCAACCCUCAAGCAUGGCCGGAGAAUUUUGCCCCGUCCAUCUUGAAGCCGGACGGUCCUGCGAUAGGGCCCUGGGCCUACAGUUAUCCCAUCACCAAGGACCAGAAGAUCUUGGCGGUCGACACGCCUGGACACGUGCCAGGUCACAUCUCCUUGAUUAUCAUUGACGAGGAUGUGACCUACUUUCUCACCGGCGAUGCCGCGUAUAAUCUGGAUUUGUUGGACAAAGAGAUGACCGACGGGAUCAAUACCGAUCCGUACAUCGCAAUCGAGUCCCAGAAGAAGAUCAAGGAAUUUUGUCGGACGAGACCUGUGGUUGUUCUACCGUCUCACGAUUACGGAUCGAUAACGAGACUAGAAACUAAAAAGGUGUACCAAGUUGGCUGA